UCGUUUGUUUUCCUUCUGGCCCAUGUGCUGAACGUGUUCAGAUCGUCGGCCACGGCACGGACUAUUUGCAAGUGAAAAUAGUGUUAAAACCCUUAUAAUAUUGUAAUUCUUACCGUGAUAAGCAGUGUAAAAUCUACAAUCUACGUGCAUGAAGUUGUUUCAGUAGAGAUACGUGUGAUAUUUAAAAGUUCCAACAGAGUAAAAUGGGCAAGAAGAAGGCGAAUCAACUGGGCCGAUCACUGAUCAAAGAUCGGUUCGGUCAUGGAAAUCGCAAAACAGUGGCCGAUGGUAGCAUGCUACACACGACCGAAGUACAGGACGGGUACGAUUGGGGCCGCCUAAACCUACAAUCCGUCACGGAGGAGUCCUCGUUCCAGGAGUUUCUCCGCACGGCCGAGCUAGCGGGCACCGAGUUUCAGGCCGAAAAGCUUAACAUCACGUACGUCAAUCCCAAGUCAAAGGUGGGCCUGCUGACCACCAACGAACGGGUGGAAAUCAUCAAGAAGCAGGUCGACAUGAAGGAUCUGCUCAAAAUUCCCCGUCGACCAAAGUGGACCAAGGAAACGACGGCAGAAGAGCUACUGCUAGCGGAAAAUGCUUCCUUUCUCGAGUGGCGCCGUGGCCUGGUAGCGCUGCAGGAGCAGCAAGAUAUGCUGAUGACGCCGUACGAGAAAAAUCUCGACUUCUGGCGCCAGCUGUGGCGCGUGGUCGAGCGUAGCGAUAUCGUGGUGCAGAUUGUGGACGCACGCAAUCCGCUUCUUUUCCGCACGGAAGAUCUGGAGCGUUACGUGAAGGAGGUGGACCCGAACAAGAUGAACCUGAUACUGAUCAACAAGUCCGACUUUCUGACGGCGGAGCAGCGUGUGCAUUGGGCGAAAUAUUUUGACGGCCAGGGUGUACGGGUGGCAUUCUAUUCGGCCGUACUCGCAGCGGAGGAAGCUAAAAAGGAGCUGGAAAAAGAGGAGGCUGCGGCGGAUGAGCGUGAGGACGAGGAAGAACGCGAGGUAAAGGAGCGUUUGGGAGAGCUAAAACUGUCCGUAGAUAAAGCGGAAAAGACGCUGGAAAAAAUUGAAGAGAAGAUUGAAGAUUUAACCCGCGAAGAGCAGGAAAGACACGCACCGGAAGGAGACAUAAAGAACAGCCCGAAGUUGCUGACAAAUGCGGAGCUGAUUUCGUUCUUCAAAACGCUGCACCGUGCGGAACGCGUUACGAAGGGCAUCGUGACGGUAGGGCUCGUGGGUUACCCGAAUGUCGGCAAGAGCAGUACGAUCAAUGCCGUGUUUCUGGAGAAAAAGGUAUCGGUUUCGGCAACGCCGGGCAAAACGAAACACUUCCAAACGCUGUACGUCGACAGCGAGCUAAUGUUCUGCGACUGUCCCGGGCUGGUGAUGCCGAGCUUCUGCAUCACGAAAGCCGACAUGAUACUGAACGGCAUCCUGCCGAUCGAUCAAAUGCGCGAUCACGUGCCGCCGGUCAACCUGCUCUGUACGCUCAUUCCACGCCACAUACUCGAGGACACGUACGGUAUUAUGAUUGCGAAACCGCUCGAAGGUGAAGAUCCCAACCGACCGCCCCAUUCCGAGGAUCUGCUGCUGGCGUUCGCUUACAAUCGUGGUUUUAUGACCGCUAACGGGCAGCCCGAUCAAUCGCGUGGUUCACGGUACGUGCUGAAGGACUACGUGAACGGGAAGCUGCUCUACUGCUACGCACCGCCCGGUAUCCCACAGGAAGAGUUCCAUCGGUUUCCCGCCCGGAAGCGGGAAGAGGCUGACAUCAAAUUGCUGCCGCCCAGACAGCAGCGUGCGAUGAAGAUGAACUUGAAAAAAUCCAGCACCGACGUCGACGAUCAGUUCUUCAAGGAGCGAGCGAUGCACGGUUUCGUGCAAGGGCGCAGCGAUUUCCCGAACGUGCGGCCCAUGGGUCCACCACAGCAGGGUACGGCGGAAACGCUUACCACCACGGAUGGUGUUAUUUUGGCCGGCCGUCCAUGGAAGCAUCAGAAGCGUGAAAAGCGUGAAAAGCUCCGCCGGAAGUACGUUCAUUUGGAUCAACAUUAGAGCGUUAACAAAAGGGAAAAAAUAAAGCAUUCGUUUUACUACAUUUUUCCGUCGUAUUGUAUGUAAGGUGAAAUAAAAACAAAACACCAUAA